AUGCUGCUCAGCGCUGUCAUCAAUCAGGACGAAGUCAGGAUUGUUCGUCAACAGUACGCCCUAGAUCUCCAGCAGUACAGGCGACCCGGCGGAACGUACCAGGCUUUCAAUCGGAUCGAGAGCGAGUCUCUGGGCCUAAACCGCUAUGAGGACGUCCAACUUCUGGACCAUUCGCGGGUCAUCUUGAAAAGUUCCGGCGGGAUAGACUACAUUCAUGCAUCACAUGUAAAAGGUGGACCUUUUCCAAUGAUUUGCGCCCAAGGACCCGUGGACAGGACGAUCGGCCACUUCUGGACAAUGGUUGCAGAAAACAAUUGCGCGGUCAUCGUUCAACUCUGCCAGUACGUCGAGGAUGGGCGGAGGAAAUGUGCAGACUACUUUCCGCAGGGGAAAUCGACCAACUAUGGCAACGUCACUGUGGAACAAAGGGGCCAGACAAAGGAAUCGCCGUCUAACCCGCAUGUGAAAAGGACAUUGUUCAACGUCGCACUGAGAGGAGAAAAGCCCAUGGAUGUAGCGCAUUUCCGGUUCGAUGGAUGGCCCGAUCAUGACGUCCCUGACAAUCCAGCUUCGUUUCGCCAAUUCCGACUUGCGAUUCUGCGACAGGCGAUCGAAAAGAAGUGCACCGUACUUAUACACUGCAGCGCUGGAGUCGGCCGCACUGGCACUUAUGCGGCCAUCGAGAUUGCCAUCAGAAACCUGAUCCAGAACGACCACCUGAUCCAGAUGUCGACCGUCUACCGAGCUGUGCGCAAUCAACGGGAGCGGGCAAUUCAAACUGACCUUCAAGUACUCUACAUGUACCUGUUUCUAAAAAAAAAUUUUUUUUUAAUUUUCAGUACCUGUUUCUCCACAGAGCAGUCAUCGAUGCAGCCGUCGUGGCAGGCAAGCUUGAACAAGCGACAGUGGAAACGUUCCUUGCCGAAUAUGAAAAGGUCGUCAAGCGAAAGCGGAGGGAGGCUGCGGAGCAGUAUGAAAAACACAGGGCUGAACAACAACAAAGAAGAACUGAUGGAUAAUUGUGUUGAUUUCACUCACUUAUUGUUCUUUUGCCUUAUAUAAUUGUGUUGAUUUCACUCACUUAUUGUUCUUUUGCCUUGUAUAAUUGUGUUUAUUUCACUCACUUGUUGUUCUUUUGCUUUGUAUAAUUGUGUUGAUUUUACUCAUUUUUUUUGUUUGUGAAUAAAUAAAUAUAUGAUAGAUUUGUUUAAAUUGUACUAUGACUAAAUUUAUAAUUAGGGGUAUCUUAAAAAUUUACAUCCAAAAAAAUUAAGUUGUGGACUAAAUCCACUAUUGUUGUGGGAAAAUUUUUGUUAAGUUUGUUAUUUCAUCAUGAGUUCAAUAAACUCUAUCAACAUUUCCAUCCUUUUGGC